AUGUAAGAAAACUUAAUUCAAAUUGACUUCUCAUAAAUAGAAAGUUUGGAUCCCUGUAUACAAGGAGGAUAUAAGAUAAUUUUCAAUCAAGAGAUCCCUUUUAUGAUUAAAUUUCCAGACUAAGAAGAUCAGAGUAUUAUUGAAAUAAUCAGAGUCAGAAUCAUGAUUUUGGGAAAUGGAAAAGAUUUAUAACAAUUAACUUUAGAGUUAUCAAGCGAAAAUGAUUUAUUUUUCUAUUAUUUUCACACAGUCGAUAAAGACAAUUUUCAAGUUGUCAAAACUAAUUAAAAACUCAACACAGAUUUCUUUGGGUAUCCAGAAGUAUGCGUUAAAACAUUCAGGAGAUGUUUAUUGGAAAAAUAGCAAUUUGCUCCUGUGUUGUACAUUUAACAAAAUGCAAGAGCUUAAGUGAGUAUUGUUUAAACAUUGGAGUAUAAAGAUUUGACUUUGAUCACAUUUGAAAUGAUUGCUGGGGAUGAAGAAAUCAUAAAAUAGCAUAUCUACUACAAGCAUGGUGCAGUAAAAUCUAAGUUUUAGAUAUUAAAUGCAAAAAUAAAAGAUAUACAUGAAUUAGUCAAAGUAAAGAAUCCAUAGUUGUUGCUUCAUUUAUAAAAAUACCUUCCUAAUUGA